CAAUCAACCUGCUUUUCCCGAUCCCUUUCCAUUCCUGUUUCCUCAUAUUAGCAUCACCUUCAAGGGUACAUUUUCUCCAAAAACUCGCUCCGGCGGAGAGAAAGAGAGGCGGAGGAAAGCGAGUAGAGAGGGAAAAUUACUAUGGCCGCUUCUUCCUCCGUCACCACUGCACAGUCCAUCAUUGGGCGAGCCGUCGCCGGCCACAACUCCGCCGCUCCGGUCCACCCAGACAAGCUUUCUUUCCCGACAGGAUUCGGCCGUAGCUCGCUAGCUGGACGAUCCUUAAAGUUAUCUCCCCGCCUUUUGUCGGCCGUAUCGACGACCCGCUUUCUGAAUCCUCCGCGUGCGGCGGCGGUUGAGACGCUGGAGGUGAAGCCUGGAACGACUGCGCUGGUCGAGAAGUCGAUCAACACGAUACGGUUUCUGGCCAUCGAUGCAGUUGAGAAGGCGAAUUCGGGUCAUCCGGGGCUGCCUAUGGGUUGCGCUCCCAUGGGUCACAUUCUUUACGAUGAGGUAAUGAGGUAUAACCCAAAGAAUCCCUAUUGGUUCAAUCGAGACCGCUUCGUGCUCUCCGCCGGCCAUGGCUGCAUGCUCCAGUAUGCUCUGCUGCAUCUCGCUGGUUACGAUAGCGUCCUGGAGGAAGAUUUGAAGCAGUUCCGUCAGUGGGGAAGCAGAACACCUGGUCAUCCUGAGAAUUUUGAAACGCCGGGUGUUGAAGUCACAACUGGUCCUUUGGGUCAGGGAAUUGCCAAUGCUGUUGGAUUAGCACUUGCUGAAAUACAUCUAGCAGCUCGUUUCAAUAAGCCUGAUAAUGAGAUCGUUGACCACUAUACAUAUGUUAUUCUUGGGGAUGGUUGUCAAAUGGAAGGUAUUUCGAAUGAAGUUUGUUCUCUUGCUGGCCACUGGGGUCUUGGCAAAUUGAUUGCUUUGUAUGAUGAUAAUCACAUUUCUAUUGAUGGGGACACUGAGAUUGCUUUUACUGAAGACGUGAAUGCUCGUUUUAAUGCUCUUGGUUGGCACACUAUUUGGGUGAAGAAUGGCAACACUGGCUAUGAUGAAAUCCGGGCUGCAAUCAAAGAAGCGAAGGCUGUCAAGGACAAGCCCACAUUGAUCAAGGUCACAACCACCAUUGGGUAUGGCUCACCAAACAAGGCAAACUCAUACAGCGUACAUGGCAGUGCUUUAGGUGCAAAGGAAGUUGAUGCAACGAGGCAGAAACUUGGAUGGCCGUAUGAGCCUUUCCAAGUCCCUGAGGAUGUAAAGAGCCAUUGGAGCAGCCAUGUCCCUAAUGGUGCUUCUCUUGAAGCAGAAUGGAAUGCAAAAUUUGCUGAAUAUGAGAAGAAGUACAAGGAGGAAGCAGCAGAGCUGAAAGCCAUCAUCUCUGGAGAACUUCCUGCAGGAUGGGAGAAAGCUCUACCAACUUACACCCCUGAGAGCAAAGCUGAUUCUACUCGAAACCUCUCUCAGCAAAACCUUAAUGCUCUUGCAACUGCCCUCCCCGGCUUCCUUGGAGGCAGCGCUGAUCUCGCUUCAUCGAACAUGACAUUAUUGAAAAGUUAUGGGGACUUCCAAAAGGCCACACCUGAGGAAAGAAAUCUCCGUUUUGGUGUUCGAGAGCAUGGCAUGGGUGCCAUCUGCAACGGAAUUGCACUUCACAGCCCUGGCCUCAUUCCCUACUGUGCAACCUUUUUCGUCUUCACCGACUACAUGAGGGCUGCAAUAAGGAUCUCAGCCUUGUCCGAAGCACGAGUUAUCUAUGUCAUGACUCACGAUUCUAUCGGACUUGGUGAAGAUGGCCCGACUCAUCAGCCCAUUGAGCAUUUGAUGAGCUUCAGAGCCAUGCCCAACAUUUUGAUGCUCAGGCCAGCUGAUGGAAACGAAACUGCCGGCUCAUACAAGGUUGCAGUACUUAACAACAAGAGGCCGUCAAUCCUCGCGCUCUCUAGACAGAAGCUUCCCCACCUUGCCGGGACUUCGAUCGAAGGAGUAGAGAAGGGAGGGUAUAUUAUCUCAGAUAACUCUUCUGGCAACAAGCCGGAUAUCAUUCUUGUGGGCAGCGGUUCUGAGCUAGAAAUUGCAGCCAUGGCUGCAGAUGAGCUGAGGAAGGAGGGGAAGACAGUGCGAGUAGUUUCACUUGUGUGCUGGGAGCUGUUUGAUGAGCAGCCGGAUGAAUAUAAGGAGAGUGUCUUCCCUGCAGCUGUCACUGCUAGGGUAAGCAUUGAGGCUGGAACCACAUUUGGGUGGGAGAGAUUUGUUGGCAGCAAGGGUAAGGCUAUUGGGAUCAGCCGGUUUGGAGCUAGUGCUCCUGCAGGGAGACUGUACAAGGAGUUUGGCUUAACCGUAGAGCACGUCAUUGCUGCAGCUAAGAAUUUAUAACAUGCUCUUUUUAACUCUGAAGCUUUUUCUCAUUUUGGAAGAUGAUUCACACUUGCCUUUUAUUAUGCCUGAAUCUAUAUUUUCUAUGAAGCUACUGCAUGUUAUAUGUACUGCUUAUUUUCGAAUGGUUUACAUGAAAAUAAAUGAAUUGCUUU